AUGGCGGAAAUGAUGCAACCACAGAUUCCAAAAUUGUCAAAGAGUAAUUAUGGGAAUUGGAGCAUUCAGAUGAAGAUGUUGCUAAGUUCCCAAGAUAUAUGGGACCUUGUUGAGGAUGGAUACAUAGAGCCCGCCAAUGCAGCUGCAGAAGCAGUUUUAUCAGAUGCUCAAAGAAAUAUGCUUAAAGAUUCACGUAAGAAGGACAAAAAAGCUCUUUUCUUAAUUUUUGAAGGUGUUGAUGAAUCAACCUUUGAGAAAAUAUCAGAUGCAAAAUCAUCCAAGGAAGCAUGGGAGAUUUUACAGAAGUGUUGGCAGGGAGUUGACAAAACUAAAAAGGUACGACUCCAAUCCCUAAGAGCUGAGUUUGAAAACUUAAAAAUGCAGAAUGCAGAGCCAGUUACAGAUUAUUCCUCACGAGUGCAAAAGGUGGCGAAAGAGAUGAAAAGAAAUGGGGAGACUUUAGAUGAUGUCAGAGUAAUGGAGAAAAUUCUACGGUCACUAACAAGAAAGUUUGAUUAUAUAGUCACUGCCAUUGAAGAAGCCAAAGACUUGUCAGUUAUUUCUAUUGACGAGCUUGUGGGUUCUCUUCAAGCUCACGAGCAAAGAAUGAAUCUUAAUGAAAGUUCUAGCAAAUUGGAGCAAGCUUUGCAAAGCAAGUUAUCCCUUGAUGUAAAUCAAGCCAGUAGCAGCAACAACAAUUCAGGGGGAGCAGCAGCAAAGAUGAGAAGCUUAAGUGAUAUCUAUGGUGCUACAGAUCCGCUGUAG